AUGCCUUCUGCUCAUGCGACUCUCCCCCUUCCUGCAUCCUCAAUUAGUGAAGGAUUUGAAAGAUCUUUAGGGCAUAUAUCAAGUGUGAUGAUUUUUGUUGAUACAAGUGGAGAAUCCUUAAGGAAAAUGCAAAAUUCUGGGUUUAUUCAAAUAAUAAAUACUGCCUCAAAAGAUUUCACCUUGCUUUUCACAUGGGCUAAUUCUGUUGGAGGGCAAUCUGAAUUUACUGGUCAUCACUUCAACUCAAAGAUAAAGCCUGAUGGCGUGCAUGGUGUGCUUCUACAUCACAAGACUGCAAAUGAGCAAUAUCUGCUCACAUUUGCAAUUGCAGCAGAAGAGACUGAAUAUAUUCAUAUCUCAGAAUGCUCUAUCUUUGUUAUAUCUGGUUCUCACAAAGGCAUCUCCGCGAAGGACAUGUGGCAUGAAGUUAAACAGGCUGUGUUGCCCCAUAUAAGCUAUCACUAUGCUCCAAGCAUUUUAUAA